AAAAUGUCUAUAUAUUUCUUAUUAUUUAUUUUAUCAUGUGUAAAAACAAGUUUGGGAUAUUUCAUAACGGUAGACGCCCAUGCUGAGGAAUGUUUUUUUGAUAAAGUUCCAGCCGGCACAAAAAUGGGUCUAACUUUUGAAAUAGCCGAAGGUGGAUUUUUAGACAUUGAUGUUAAAAUUAUUGGACCUGAUGGAACAAUAAUUUAUCAAGGGGAAAGAGAAAGUACUGGAAAAUACACAUUUGCUGCAAACAAGGAAGGUAUUUAUACCUAUUGUUUCAGCAAUAAAAUGUCUACAAUGACUCCAAAAAUUGUUAUGUUUAACAUGGAAAUAGAAGAGCCGUCAAGCACCGAGCAGUCUGAAGCCCAUCAUAAUAAAUUGGAUGAAAUGAUUAAAACACUUUCUGCAAGACUUACAAGUGUUAAACAUCAACAAGAAUACAUGCAUGUGAGAGAUAGAAUUCACAGAGAUAUUAAUGAAUCAACAAAUUUCAGAGUAGUAUUAUGGUCAUUUUUCGAAGCCGUAGUCCUUGUUACAAUGACAUUGGGUCAAGUUUACUAUUUAAAAAGAUAUUUCGAAGUGAGGCGUGUUGUGUAA